GAGCUGCUCCGCAGCACCACACACUUCCGUGUUGUCUGUCACCGUAAAGCAGGAAGCACUGUAGUAAUGUGUAGGAGUUAAUCUGCCCUGCUGCUGUUUACCUACAGAGUCGUCAUUCCGAUGCCAGGUGAAGAGAAGCCGCAGGAGAAGCUACAUGACGGCUAACUGACGCAGGACCAAUCGGUGCUCAGCGUACGGAGGAACUGCGGUACAUUAGCACCAGGAUGCCAGCAGGAGUCUGUGGCUGCUGUGGGCCGCUGAGGCCGAGGUACAAACGCCUGGUGGACAACAUCUUCCCCGAGGACCCCAAAGAUGGCCUCAGUAAAUCUGACAUGGAGAAGCUGACCUUCUACGCCGUGUCGGCCCCAGAGAAGCUGGACAGGAUCGGAGCUUACCUGGCCGAGAGGCUGAGCAGAGAUGUGGUGCGACACCGCUAUGGGUAUGUGGUGAUAGCCAUGGAGGCUCUGGACCAGCUGCUGAUGGCCUGUCACUCCCAGAGCAUCAAACCUUUCGUGGAGAGUUUCCUGCACAUGGUGGCUAAGCUGCUGGAGUCCAGAGAACCAGACCUGCAGGUCCUGGGAACCAACUCGUUUGUCAAGUUUGCCAACAUUGAGGAGGACACGCCGUCCUACCACCGCCGCUACGAUUUCUUCGUGUCCCAGUUCAGCGCCAUGUGCCACUCUACUCACGAAGACACUGAGACCAGGACCAGGAUCCGAGUGGCCGGGAUCAAAGGUCUGCAGGGCGUGGUGAGGAAGACGGUGAACGAUGAGCUGCAGGCCAUCAUCUGGGAGCCUCAGCACAUGGACAAACUGAUCCCGUCCAUGCUGUUCAACAUGCAGGACAGCGAAGACCUGGACAGGGCGGGGCACCCCAGCACACCUUCGGUGGUGGGUCAGGAUGGCGAGGAGAACCCGGCGGCGCUGGCGGAGAGCUGCUUCAGAGAGCUGCUGGGCAGGGCGGCUUACGGCAACAUGAACAACGCCGUCCGACCCGUGUUGGUUCACCUGGACAACCACCACCUGUGGGACCCCAAUGAGUUUGCUGUUUCCUGCUUCAGAAUCAUCAUGUACUCCAUCCAGGCUCAGCACUCGCACCACGUCAUCCAGCAGGUUCUCAAUCACCUGGACACUCACAACAGGAACACGCCGCGGGUCAGAGCCGGCAUCGUCCAGGUCCUCCUGGAGACGGUGGCCAUCGCUGCCAAAGGCUCAGUGGGCCCCACAGUGCUGGAGGUGUUCAACACUCUGCUCAAACACCUGAGGAUGAGCGUGGACUUCGAGCUUGGCGAGAGCUCGAGGAGGAACUCCAGCACCAGCGUCUCGUCCGGCCGCGGCAAAGAGAGCGAGGAGCGAAUCGUCCAGAACGCCAUCAUCCAGACCAUCGGCUUUUUCGGGGGAAACCUGCCCGACUACCAGCGAGCGGAGGUCAUGAUGUUCAUCAUGGGUAAAGUGCCAGUGUACGGGACCCCCUGCCACACCUUGGACACCGUCAAGAUCGGGCAUCAGGGUACCAAGCGGAUCCAGACCAUGCUGCUCAGCUCCCUCAUCAUGGUAACCUCUGGCUUUAAGUCCAAGUCCAUGGCAGCCGCGUUGCCUCCUCCCUUCCUGGAUCCGCUCUUCUCCAUCUCUCUGAUGGAGGACAGCGAGCUGAGGCAGCUGGUGCUGGAGAUCCUGCACAACAUCAUCGAUCGCCAUGACAACCGUGCCAAGCUACGUGGCAUCAGAAUCAUUCCUAAUGUUGCAGCAUUGAAGAUUAAAAGAGAGAAGAUUUCCAAGCAAGACGUUGCGUUCAUGAAGAAGCAUGGCCAGCAGCUCUACCGUCACAUCUAUCUGGGCUGCAAAGAGGAAGACAACGUCCAUAAAAACUUUGAGCUGCUCUUCACCACUCUGGCCAUCCUGACCAUCGAGCUGGCCAACGAGGAAGUGGUCAUCGACCUCAUUCGGCUUGCCAUCGCUCUGCAGGACAUGGCUCUGGCUAAUGAGGAGAACAUGCCGAUGUUUAUCCGCUGUGGCAUCAUGGCGUUGGUGGCGGCGUACCUCAACUUCCUGAGCCAGAUGAUCGCAAACCCUCCCUUCUGUCAGCACGUCAGCAAGGUUAUUGAGCUGAGGAACAUGGAUGCUCCGUACCUCCUCCCAGAGCACAUCUUCAGAGACAAGUGUCCAUUCCCUGAAUCUUUGGACAAGGAGGACAGACCCCUGUACUUCCAGACAGCCGACAUGGCGGAGUGUCUGGCUGGACCGGGAUACAACGCAGAGAGACUCUCCAUUCCGUACGUUCCCCAGGUCACAGAUGAAGAUCGUCUGACCAGGAGGAAGAGUUUUGUGGACACCAUCUCUCUUCAAGUGGACAUCAUGUCCAACAGCCUUCCGGACAAGUCGCAGCUAGCUGAGGAGAUCACGUUUGAGACCCUGAAGAAGGCCAUCGACACCACCGGUCUGGAGGAGCAGGAGCGAGAGAAGAGGCGUCAGGUGAUGGAGAAGUUCCAGAAAGCUCCGUUUGAAGAGAUCGCUGCCCACUGCGAGUCCAAGGCGAACAUGCUGCAUGACCGGCUGGCACAAAUCUUCGAGCUUACGAUUCGGCCUCCACCCAGCCCGUCCGGAGUGGUCUCCAUCUCAGCAGGACACACCCAGCAUCAGUCGGUCCCCGUCUACGAGAUGAAGUUUCCAGACCUGUGUGUCUACUGAUCACAUAGACAUCACAACACACACACACACACACACACACACACACACACACACACACACACACACACACACACAUCUGAAACACAAAAUGCAAAAUUGAAAAUGCUGAGCGAGAACUACACACAGUCACAAUCUGCACUCCAGUUUCCUCCUUCCAGACCAGCACAGAGGCGUCAGGGAUGCUUUCAGAAACACAAACUGCAGCAAAACAGUCCAAACAUCAGUCCGACACAGAGAGGAGUCAAAAAACCAAACCUCCUCAACCCCACAUAAAGGUCCUCUGUCUGGAAAUCCAAACCUGGACAGAGACUCGAAUUUAGUUCGAGAGCCUCGAAAGUUCUGAAUCCACAAACGUGGUUUCAUUAUCACUAAAAGCUUUUUAAGAUCUCUGCUCAAAGCAGACCUGUACUCAUUCUGCAAACAAACCGAUUUGCUGCACUUUGUCGCCUGACUCACCCCCCUGAAGCUAAACUAAACGUACGAGUCUCCGAGAACAAAAAGCAAAAAGAACAUGAACACGAGAUAAAUGAAUCUGACGUUGCUUCCCAGCACGACUCCGGUUCGGCCAAAGCUUCACACCUUGUACAUACGCUGUAGUUUAAAGCUAAACUCACGUCAGAACGGCUAAAACCGGUUUAGGCUUAACAUUAGAAGCUAGUUUUAGCCGCAACGCUGCUUCUUCAGAGCCAGCCUCUGCCUCGUAACGACUCUCUGUUCUCGUGUUGAUCAGUAGGCGUCAGCGAUCGCUGAUUAGUAGAAACGUACGAAAUCUUAGCUGUCAGCUGAAAAGCUGACGUGUCUGGUGGUAGAAGGCGGAUUAGCUUUAGGCUCACUGCUGCACGGCUCUUACACUCACUGUUUUUAGGUAAAAGAGCAUCAGAAACGGCUUCGACUACGAGCUCAGUUUGAUGUGGAGAAACGAAAUGAGAGCAGCGCUUCAGUUUUGUUUUCAGGCUCGCGGUUGGUGGUUUUUGGUUGUUCAGCUGCAGUUUAACGCUGUGAAACUUUGGUCCGACUUCUUAAUCCUGAAGCGUUUCUUAAGCACGAUUGUCUCUGUCAAAACACCUGUUUGACACAUGGACGUCGCCUCACAUUUAAAUGAGAGAGUCAGACUUAAAGUUGAUGUUAUUGAGAUACGAUAGACUCAUUUUGUCGGGAAGAUGGCGCCCCGAUGUUUAACCCUGCGUGCAAACCUUUGAUUGGUUGAUUAUUUCUGCUAAUAGCAGAAAAAGCCAUCAGUGGGAGCUACGCUGGACACACAGGCAGCGAUUUAGGCAUCAGAUUCAGCCCUGCUCUGCCCCCUAGUGGAUACCCAUAAACACAGAAAGGUGCGACAGCUGCUUAUCAAUGCACAUGUAUAUUGCUAAAUUAAUAAAUCUUAAAAUAAAUCUUUUUUUUUAGUUCUUAGUUUGUUAGUUUGAAUAUAAAUGUAACUGUAGCUGUUUCUCCACCAGCGUUAACGUGGUGCGACGGCUUGGUUCAGUCCUCUCUGUUAGCAACAUGCCAACAUCUCCAGCUCAAGCAGCAGCUUUUCGCUGCUCACAGCUUUGCUGGCAGUGUCUAAAAAACCAAAACAUGUUUCGGUGCCAAAGACAAGUCGUUUCCCUCCUGUUUCCUAAAUUCAAAAUAUCUUAAUCUAAAAAAAAAACCCUGGAUGCUAUCAGAGCGAGCGUCCUGCAGCCAUAUGGACCGUUUCACUCCAAAUUAAGAGACGAGCAGCAGCAGCUGACGCCUCGUCAAAGCUAACCUCCCCACUGAAUGGAUUCAUAUCAAUAGACGCCUUCAGCCACUCUGCUACAAGGCGGUGACAUUUUGGAGGAUUUAAUCAUCUGUACUUUUUCAACAGUCACCACACGUUUUGUUUCCAAAAGGGUGCAGGAGGCGUUUCUGGAAGAGUUCAUAUCCUUCAUAUCUGGUGGAGCUGCAGCUGUGAUCUGUAAUAACAGAUGGCUAUCAGUAUUUCCUCUGAUCUGAGCUCAGCGGAGAAAGAAUCCCUCCAGUUGGAGGCAGAUCCCCGCUGCCGCAGUCUGAGCAGCUGCGCAGAGCUCAGGUCGGUUUCCUCUCGCCGAGAGCCCAAAACAUCAAACUACUAUCAGUCGACUGGUUUGCAGAGAGGAGACGUUUUGUCCGGAUCUGCUCCCGGUGCACAGUGUACAGAAUGAGAUGAAAUCAGAUGGAAGCUGAAUGAAAGCGAUGAAGAGGAAGUUGUUGAGGUGUUUGCGUUCUGCUGAGCAGGAUGUGGCGGCUGUGUUGUACGUGGUCGUGAGCCUAUCAGGAGGUUUGGUAUGUUAAAGCUGUCGAGUGCAGGUCGCGGUCCCCGAACGAGAAAGUCGGCUAACGAGCUUUGUUAGAAAUCACCGACAUGAGCCUCAGAAGUCUUUGGCUGUUAAUUUGUUUGACGGCUAAACAGCUCGCACCCCGUUUCCACCUGGUAUGAACACAGUCUGUAUCUGCGUGUCGCACCUGGACCAGCGAACAAACAUGUGACCACGUGUGGAGGCGGGCUGAUCGGCCAGGUGUGAAUGACACCUGAACAGUUUCAUGGAAAACAAGCAGCAAACAGCAGCAUCGCUUCAGACUGAAACGGUGUGCAAGUCGAGGGUCAUGUGAUCAGCGGCGGCAGUUAGCAUUAUUGCUAGCCGAGUUAGCAAAGCUACCAAAAGCUGCGAAACAAUCUUGUCUCAAGGUUCAUUUAGUAGCUUUUCUGGAGCUUUCGAUCAUGUGUUCAGGCUCAGGUGUUAUGGGUAACUGUAGGUCGCGCAAGCUGAUUGGUUGUUUGAUAUGAGUAUAGAAGAAACAGUCAUGUGAUCGUCUCAGACUGACACCUGUGCACUUUUACCUGCGCGCAGCCUGGAGGAGCAUGUUUCCACCUUCCAAAUCCAACUUGAUCCACUUAGUAGCCUGACAUGUCACCGGUUACAUGACACUCGCCUUGCCCGUCCCGGUGGCCCCUGAGGACCGUCCCUUGCCUCCAUGUUUCACUGUGGGCGCAGAGACCCUGGAUGAGAAGGUAUCAUCCGGACACGGAUCUUAACACCAGGUGUAAAUGGAGUCUUCUGUUGACAUGAGACGACACAUGGCUGGUGAUGUUUGGGAUGUGAGCGUUGGCUAAAAGGUUAGCUCACUCGUAGCGUUUGUUCUCCACCGUUAAAGGCUCGAUGUCCAGCGUUGGAAACCGAAAGGUUUACGAGCAAAACAGGAUAAAACGACGAGAAAUAAAAAUCCCUUUGAUGUUUCCCUCCGCCGAAGCGUUGACCUGAUGCGUUAUCGUCUGUGCUGCGUAACGUCUUAGCUUUAAACUUCAUAGUGUCCUAGCUCUACUAAAAACAUGCAUUAUAUGAACUAACUGCAUGAUAUCUUAAUAUGACGUCGUCGACCGCUGAGCCGGUGCUGGGAAUAUAUGUUGAAAUAAAAAAAAUUCCAUCUAAACAAGUAAUUUUAUCGACUGAAUCCUAAAAUCCGAUUUGUCCUCAAACUGAUGGAAAAUGAGCCGACGCAGUGGAAGUCAGUCUGGAGGAAAGUCGGAUUUUAACAGUCGGUGAAUCGUUUGCUUAGAUGUGGCUGGAAUACACGAUCACUUCCUCUAUGAAUGUGUCAUUAUAGCAGUAUAUCUUAUAUUUUUGUACAUUUUAUGCAUCACGUGUCGUUGAAUUGUUGCCUGGUAGAGAUUUAGAGUUUGGGAGAUUUAUUCUUGUCGAUCACGUUUAUCAGGACAAGGACAAAUGCUGAUUUGUUUUUACUUUCAUGGUAGAUUUUUGUUUACUGACAAGUCGACGGUUCAGGGUUUCAAAGGGACUGUGGUCUCAUUUCUGGAAGUGUUACUUGAUUUCUUUCCGUAUUGCAGAAUCCAUUCUAUCAUUUCAGAUGUGCUGAAAAAUGAAUAUUAGCUCUACAAUCAGACGGCAGUUUAUUUUUGCAUAUUACAGAGAAAUGGAGUUAAUCAGUGCAAUCUGCUAAUUUAAAAUGUAAAAUCCCUCCAGACGUCUGUGAUGGGGGAGUCUGAGCUCCAGAUUCACUUCAGUUCUUCUGCAGACAGUUUAAAGUUGCGUUCGCGGAGGCGUUUCAGAACUUCCUGCUCCGUCUGACGCGAAACAAGAAGCAACAGAUCAUCUGAGGUUUUCAGACUGACGGGCGCUCGCUUAUCGACGCCGUCGGCAGCGGCACCAGCGGCUGCAGCUCGCGGAGGCAGGGGGGUUGUCUGAAACUUCCUCUUCUCUGGGCCUUAACUAACCGAGUGUGAUCACACAGAUGUGAUGCACGCGUCUUUGGAUUCAGCGAGACAGACGGUGUCUCUGAUGUCCCUCGCAGAGAGACCUUCGUCCACGAAGCCUCUCAGAAAUCCCAGAAAAGAGCUCAUAAUCCAGGACUUGUCUGAGGAUCUUUCUCAGGUUUCUUCAGUAUUAAAGUGAUCAGAUUCAGGCUUCAGGACAGUCAACAGUCAGUCAGGUUUGAACUUCAGGAAGUCUUUAAAUUCAAACAUCCGUGCAUUAAAGUCCAUUAAAGUUUCGCCCAUCCAUUAAAUCAUUGGCUUAAUUGUGAUAAUUAGAUCAACAUUAGAUCACAUGUGAUCUGGUGGCAGCUCGUUGGUGCCGACACGCUGCAUUGGAACUACCUGAAUCUGCUCAGAGCUGCGACCUCUUCCUCUCACUCAUCACAGCUGACCGAUCAAUAAUGUGUCGAUCGGAGUCAGUGAUGUGAGAACAGUCCGAAGCGUAGCUGGGUAUUUAUUCAAAGAUGGAGCUCCAUCACUUGUUUAAACAGGGGGCACAUGUUGAAAUGAAAUGCUCAGCGGUUCAUGAGAAUAAGAUAAUAAUAAUAGAAUAAGACGAAUCAGCGCAGAUUAGUUUGGUACGAGCUGAUCGCUCCAGGUAUUUUUGUGAAAUGUUGAUUUUAAGAAUGACUCGGUGGGAGGCUGCAAAGACGUCCCUCUUGACUGGUGAUUGAAGUCAGUAUCAAGUCUUAAAAUGCUGAACUGAAGUCAGUGAAUGGGGUGAAAUCACUUCAGCGCUGAGCCGCCUUACUUCAGAGUGCUGGACACAAAACCUGCUUUAAAAGGAAAAGCUUCUCGUCACCUUUCAGGAUGGACUUUUUUCAGUUUAUCCGCUGAAUUCUGCAGAAGAAUGAACAAAAACAAGCAGAGCUUCUGAUGUUCUCUCAUGUUUGUGACGUUUGUAUUUUUUGUGCCAGUUUUAGAGAUGAGAGGCGCCGCGUCCGCGUUCGGCCGCUAACGCUCGGCUUCGUUUCAGACACACCGAUGAUUUUAACCGCUCGACGGCGCCGAGCUUCUGCUGCCGCUGCCGGCUCGAAUCUGAUCAGAGAUCUGAAUGAACGUCCUAAAUUUAGCAUUUAUCCUCAGUGUGAUCAGAUAAACUCAAACUCACUGACUCAUUCACUGAUGAAGACUAUGAGAUGUGUUUGGAAGCUUUUGACUUAUAUUAGCUUGUCACAAUCUGUCCCUUGUUUUAUAAAUCCAUUAAUCAAUCAAUUGUUUAGUCAAUAAAAUAUGUGAAAUUAUAGAAAAUCUUCAGCCCAACUCCUCUAAAACCCAAACAGAUUCAAGUUCAGAGUGAUAGAAAACAGAUGAGCUGCAAGUCCUCAUUCAUGUCCAAUCAAACUAACGACUGAUUGAUUAACCGACUCGCGUGUUCAGUAAAUCCUCCAGUUCAGCCUCGCGUGCAGCGGCGGCAGCGGAGCCUCAGCGUUUUAUCACAGAGCCUCUAUUUAAUAGUGAGUAGCGUGUUGAGAUUAAUGUUGAGACUUAAAUAAAAUGUUUCUAUCA